UGGUUAUUCAACAUCUAAUUAUCACAUCAUACAACACCCCAUAAUCGACUUUCACGUGAUUUUUCACUUUGGUGUCCAAACACCCACCCACAUGGAUAUAUGAUUAAAGAAAAACCUUGGUGGGCAUAUAUUGGUGCAUUUGUUCUAUGCGUCGUUGGGGAUUGGUUUGCAUAUAUCUUCUUCUACGUACAGAUGUAAAGUAAUCGUUGAGAACAAUUGUUCUUCAGAUUCUUUCUGUCACAUAAAGAUAUGCUUUUCCUCGUUCAUUCGAGAUUGAAUUUAUUAUUACACCUCUGAACUUCAAAAACAGUUCAAUCGACAAACAGAAAAUGCUAGGUGUUGGAGGGAAACCCCAAUCAAGGUGUGAAUUGUUGAGUAUAGUGAAGGAACAUUCAAAUUUAUUAGGAAAAACCGUAGUAGAUAUUUCACAAGAUACUUUUGAUGUUGAAGUGGAUCAGAAGUUUUGGCAUGAUGUUAUGGAUUCAUAUUUCAUUGGCGGGAGGGAGUCAAAGGAACAACAAGAUGAUGAUCUUUUAUUCUUUGUUAGAGAAAUGAGCUUUCAUGGUCAUGGGUAUGGCUCCAAUGAUAAUUUUGGAAGAAAGUCUUCUUACUUUGUACGCAGGUGGGAUACUAAGUUGGAUGAUUUAGUUGGAGGGAUCACAUUGAAUAUAGAUUGGAGGCGCUCAUUAUACCUGAAUUUAAUUGCCCACACUUCAUAUAGUAUAACAGUGGCAAUUUGCAGUCAUCAGUCUAUUCAGAAUCAUCAAAGUAAUCAACAAACACAACCAUCUCCUAUAUACAAGAUUGUGAAAAAAGUCUAUGCAUCUCCAAGCCGUGUCCAUUUUCAUUUGGACUCCCGAAAGGAAGUAGAAACAACACCUGCAUAUCCAGAUAUAUGUUUUGCAGUUGAUGACUUUGAUUCUACUUUCGAAGCCAUGGUGUUGACCGAUUCAGACCAUUGCUACUGUGUGGUUCUGAAUGCAGUUGGUGGGGCCGCAUUUCCUAGUGAAAAGCUUCUAGAAGAUAGUAGUUCGAGGGAAAAUUCUGCUCCAAAAAAGCUUACUCUAUUCUCAGGAUUUGUAAGCUAUCAAAUGGUUCGUGAAGCUUAUGAUGUUGGAAAGUCUGGAUUUGGAAGCUUUUUACCUUUUGGUCUUUCUCAUAGCAAAAAAACAGACAGGAUAUACAUGAAAGGUCCUGGAGGUCGUGGGGAAGUUGAGGUGGCAGUUUCUGGUGUUUUAGAUCAAAGUCUAGAUGAAUCUGGUCUUCACUCACCUUUACAUAUAUCAAGAGGAUUUAAGAUUGGUGCAAUGGUUCGACAAGCUGCAUCUGUUGCUGAGGUGGCAGCAAAGAACGUGUUUGCAGUUAUGUCUUCAACAAGAAAUUCAGAUGGAAGGAAGCUACCCCUUAAGUGUUGCCUCAUGUCCAUUUCACUACCGUGGGAACAUAUUGCUUAUGAUCUUCUUUUUAAGGGAAGUCCUCCAGUCAACUUGUAAGAAAUAUAUUCAGAGAUGAAGGAAUAUAUCGACACUCACUUUCUUGUCUACAAUGUUGAAGAAAAGGAAAGGAGAAGAGGAGAGACAAGUAUGUAUUAUGGUCCCGGGUUUGUGAUCAAGUUACAUGAUGAUUAACCACCAAAUCUAUUUCUCGAUGUUUAUGAGAUUUCCUUCCUUGACGACCAGUUGUAUUGAUUUAGUGAGAUGGCUCAAUAGAGAGAACCCAAUGAUCUCAAAGGAACAAGAUUGACACAAAAUUCGAAAUUCCAUUCUCUUUUUCUGUGGACAAAAAAAAUGAUAUGUGAUCAAAUAACUACUCUGAAAGCAACACGAUAAAUAAUAUGUAUUAUAUAUGGGUAUAUGUAUUUAUUUCGUACCCCAAUUACUACUUGU